AUGGAGUUCGAACUUGAACAAGACGAGAACAAUCCUCAACCCAUUCCCCUUCAAGUACAAGACUCCCAUAUUCCUCUGGAUUAUGAGCAUGCUCCUUAUCUUGAGAAUCUUGAUGUGUCGAAUUUUCCAGAUCCCGGGUUCGACUUUUCCUGCCUCGAUGAUGCUGACCAUGAUGAAGGUUUAGCUUCGUUUGAAGAACAAGUGAUGCCCCAAUCGGACGAGCUUCAUGACUACUUCAGUCAGGUGGAUAUUCCGGCCGAAAUUGAUCUGUCCCUCCUCCAACCUCCUGAGGAGCACCUCAUUGAGCCGUUUUCCGAAACUCUUGAUUUCGAGCCUCUGUCAUAUGAAGCCAUCAUUCAGGAUUUCGUCCCUCCUACUCCCAGCCGUAUGCUCCAUCCCCCAUUUCUUCAAAUCUCUCAUCAGUCUGGCCAAAUUUGCAAACUAUACCUACCAAACAAUGAGCCUCAGCCUUUCACUUUCUGA